AGAAUGCGUCUGUGAAAGUACAUUCCCCGGCGAGGCACUAUAUAAGUCGGAGGAUCAGGACAGACUCUGAACUCAUUCUUGUCUCCAUCUUUGGCCUGUCAGGCUUACUUACAGAGGCUACCUGCUAGAAAUAUUCAGCCUAUCUCUCUGAAUUCUUCUGUCUGCGGGCUGGCACUGCAUCAGCCUCGCGGUAUCAUCUGUAGCAGAGGAGCAACAUGAAGCAAAAGAUGGUGAUCAGGGUGCACAUGACGUGCGACAAAUGCCGAUCCAAGGCAAUGGGGCUGGUUGCCUCGGUAUACGGAGUGGAGCGUGUGGAGAUACAAGGCGAUGACAGGGACCAGCUGGCGGUGGUCGGCGACGGGGUGGACGCCGCCAACCUCACGGCCUGCCUGCGGAAGGUGGGGAACGCGGACCUCCUCACGGUGGAGGCGGUCGUCGCCGAGGCGAAGCCGGCACCGGCAUCGGAGACCACCGAGGCUCCAUGGUAUCCCAGCUAUUAUUCCUGGCCGGCAGGGGCAUACUCCCACUGCUACCCGUACAGCAUGUAGUAAUCUCUUGUAUAUCUGCGGAAUUAUCAAACUGAUCCAGUGAUCCAUCCAUGUAAUGAUUCCCAGAAAAAAAAUCCGAGUGUUUUUGAUAGGUUCAUCAAGGAAUCCAUUUGAUGCUUA